AUGGGGGGAUCCCUCCUGGUGAACAAAGAGGGAGAGAUCGAUCAAUCCAAGCCCUCACCAAAGACGGUCCAGGAGCCCCCGAGGCCCCCGGAGUUGUCCAACCCGCCCUCCACCGAAGGGGGAACUAGGGCCCUGCCUCCAGCGUCGAACUCUGGGGAUCGGGUUGCGGCUGGGUGGCCGGACGUGAUGGAGGAGGCUUUGAAUAGCUCCUCCGUGAUUGAAGAACACCGCGCCCUGAUGGGCAUGGUUUUACAAAGUAUUUGGUCCGUUAACAGCGAGUUGAAGGAAGCAUUUGGUGGCCUCCUGACGGGCUUUGAGAAGCUCAAGAUCUCCGAUGAGGAGCUUGACAUUGUCAACAAGCGGUUUGUCGAAGAACAAGUUGUCACCGCGGAGGUUGAGAACCUUAAGGCUGAGCUAGAAAAGGCCAAGCAGGAAAUUGCUGAACAAAAGGCGGCGGCCAAGCAAGCGGCCGCCAAUCUCUCGGUGGUGAAGACAAUAAGCGACAAGCAUGAGGCGAGAGUGGCCGAAGUGCAACAGGAGCUCAAGGAUGCUGUCACUAAAUGUGAGGGCCUUGAGGAACAGAAGAAAGACCGGUCCACCGAGCUGACCUCAUUGAUGUCGGAGGUCAAGGAGGCGCAGACAGAAGCGCAAAGCUAUAAGCAGGAACUCCGCCAAGUCAGGCUUAUCGUGGAUGAUGAGAAGGUAAAAACUACAGGUGAUGGGAUCAAGCUUUCAAGUAAAGAAGUUGUUCAAGAGCACAAUGAAAAUAUUCUUGAAGGCAUGAGUUCUAUCAAAGAUACAAUGAAGACGCCAAUGACUGGGGGGCAACAAAGCAAUCCAAAGAUCGAUGCAAGCAAAACAAAAGGAGAGAAAGGCCACAAUAAGCACAAGCAAAAGAAAUCCAAGGUCACUUUUGCACAGAUAUUAGAUAAAUAUCAAAAGAAAAGUGAAGAGAAUGGUGCAUAA